UUGUAAAACCUGUAAACUUACUGUUUAAAUUGCGGCGCAGUGUCAACGAAGCACACUUCUAAACAGCGAAAAAAGCUUUGCAAAAGCUGUUACACAAAUCAAAUGAAAGUGCGUUAGGGACCCACUUUGUUAGCAGGCACUUGUUCAAGAAAUCAAGGAAGUCAAGUGCGACGAGCGUCUGAUUCAGGCUUUGCUGACAUCUUAAUGUCUUUAAUGCCUCAACCAAAAGAUUGCCCCUGCAUUUGGGUUCCAGGCCUUCUCGAAAGGGUUGCGCAUUAUGCGGGCAAUGAUGCGGCUUGCACGCUGCGGGUCCUGAACAAGGAGGCAGCGGAGUGGCUAACAAAUUUUAAGGAGCGGCGCAAGCUUCUGGAACUCACCGCUGCCAGCGGUAUUAUCGAGAACCUUAAGGUGGCCCGUGCCAACGUCGGCCUAGCAGACGGCCUCGAGGAUAUGCUCAAGGCAGCCGCAGCCGCGGGCCAACUGGAGAUGUGCCAGCUGCUGAAGGAGGAGACCAGUUCCUGGGGUUUAUCGCUGCCUGCAGCAUCGAGGGGUGGACACCGCCAUGUGUGUGAAUGGAUGCUAGCUGCUGGUUGCCCCCUCUCCAGCAUGUCUGCCGUGGAAGGAGCCGCCCGCGGGGGCCACGAGGGCCUUAUGAACUGGCUGUGGGAGGAGUUCCUGCGCCGUGGGGGCAGCACUACAGAUUCUGAUAUCGAAAACCUGCUUAUUGCGGCAGCUGAGGGCUUUGACCUGGCAGCAUUGCAGCGGCUGAAGCAGCAUUCUCUGCCAGGUGAGGAUAUUGAGGGGCAGCAGCGGAUGGUAGCAGACGCCAUCACACAUACCACGUUGAACCGUAUGUUGGCUGCGGCCGCCGGCAGCGCCACCUCCGACUGGCUCGCCAAGAUGGAGUGGCUGGAGGCACAGGGUGGCCAACCGACAGUUCAAGCAAGCGAGAGCGCUGCUGGCAGCCCGCACGAUGCACUUGGCCGCCUGCAGUGGCUGCGCAGCCGGGACUACCCGCUUGAUGAGAGUGUGGCCGAUGCAGCAGCAGCUGCUGGCAACCCGGCCGCACUGCAGUACCUUGUAGCGCAGAUGGGCAUCAGGCCAACUGCCUAUGGCAUCACACAAGCCUUCCAAUCCGGCCACCUGGCCGUGCUGCAAUAUCUUCACAGUGUUGGCCUGUUGGCGCAGUACGGGCAAGCUGUUGAAAAUGCAGCGAUCAAUGGCAGGCUAGCCGUAGUAUGCUGGGUUGUGGAGGCCUUGGGUCUCACCCCGGACAAUACUGCCGACCUGCUGAACAGCGCAGCAAGGAGUGGUAACACACGACUGAUGACCUGGCUACACGAGUGGGGUUGGAGCUGGAAAAGUCGGCCGGCAUUGGAAAAUGCUAUCAAGUCAGGCUGCCAGGAGGCAGUGGAAUGGCUUUUGGGGCGGGACUGCCGUGUUCCG